AUGACGAAUAAUAUCAUUCCAAUUGACAAAAACCUUAUUGCCAUUGAAACAAAAUUGGGUUGGACCCUACAAGGCCCAGUGCAAAGUCAUAAUACCUUGCUUGGUACCGUCGGACUUUGUUAUUUGGAUCUCACAGAACUAUGGAAUUUAGAGACAAUUGGCAUAAAAGAUCCGGCGGAAGUGAAGACUAAGGAGAAUUUAGACAAUGAAACGAUCAAAUUUUUCCUAGAGAACAUUAAAGUAAUCGAGGGCAAUAGGUAUGAAGUCUGUUUGCCUUGGAAGGAUAGUCAUCGGAUUCUUGAAGAUAAUAAAGAUAAAGCGGAAAAAAGACUUUUCGCCAAUACACGAAGACUGCAGAAGAUGGGAUUUUUCGAAGAAUAUGAUGGUAUUAUUAAAGGCUGGCACGAGGAAGGUAUAAUUGAAAUAGCUCCGAAUAAUAGUGAUACUGGUCACUAUUUAUCUCAUCAAGCAGUAAUCAAGGAUUCCAGUCUGACUACGAAAGUGCGACCUGUAUUUGAUGCAUCAUUGAAGGAUGAAAAUGGGAAUUCCUUGAAUGCUUGCCUCGAAAAGGGGCCGAAUUUAAUAGAAAUGCUUCCAAAACUUUUGAUACAAUUCCGGCAACAUGCAAUUGGUGUUACUGCCGAUAUAAGGAAAGCUUUCUUACAAAUCAGUUAG